AUGAACCAAUCUCCACAAAAAGGAUCUCCCAAAAGUUCUCCGCCUAAACCGCCUUUUUCACCACGCUCCAAGAGCGGAGUACUCCCAAGUAACAAGUGGGUUCGGGAUGAGAACACGUACUGCGAGCUUCACAAAACAAAUGGUCAUUCCACCCGGGAUUGCAAAAAAUUGAUGCACCUCCUCGCAGAAAAAUUCGUGUCAGGUGAGAUGCCAAGUGUGACUAUCUCCGAGCUCGACCCGAAAUCAGUUUCCGAGGUCAAAGAAGAUGCUCCACCGCUGAAUAAACCUAAGACAUCCAACAACGGUUCAACUCGUAAGAAAAGGAUAGACGUCAUAAUGGGAGGUUCACGCCUCUUCCGGAACUCCAUCACAGCAAUAAAAGACCAUGAAUGUAAGCUCGCAAGCCCGCAACCUAAACGAAUCAAAAUCACCACGAGUGAUUUACCCGAAGUCACCUUCUCGGAGAAAGAAACCAAGGAACUAGAUACUCCGCACGACGAUGCACUAGUCAUAUCGUUGGAUAUUGCGAACCACGAAGUGUGCCGGAUCUUAGUGGAUACAGGGAGUUCGGUGGAUCAAACAUUUCUUGAAACACUUACUAGAAUGGGUAUCGGAAGAGCGCAUAUUGCGGGACCACCCUCACCUUUGGUCUCGUUUACGAGUGAGACAACGAUGUCGUUAGGGACAAUAACACUACCGGUCUCAACUCAAGGAGUUGGAAGAAUGGUGGAGUUCACAGUCUUUGACCGACCUACGGCCUAUAAUGCUAUUAUGGGAACACCUUGGCUUUACCAGAUGAAGGCAGUAGCUUCAACGUACCAUCAGUGCAUCAAUUCCCCAACCCCGCAAGGAGUUCGGGAGAUUUUAGGAAGUCAACGGACGGCGAGGAGCUGCUAUCUCGCGAGUCACAAGCUUCUGGUCCAAUAG